AUGAAAUUAGUGGCUGCAGGGUAUGCAAUCAAUUCGAGUACAUGUCUGGAUGUAAUCAACCGAGAAAGUAGUUCGGAUUGGAAGGAAGUAUAUCACAGAGUAAGGGAAAACAUGGUACAAAGAAAGAUUUUAAGGUAUCCAAAUGUGCUGGGCCUUUAAAUGACAAAUGCACGGUGCUAGUAGUUCGGUCCGAGGAGCAAAGAAAGCUGCUGAUCGCAUUCAGAGGAACCGAUUCGGGUAAUUAAGAUUCUCUGAUACAACCAUUGACUUGCAUAAUAUUAAGAUUCAACCUUUCCAGUCCACGAACUAAUUGAUGAACUCGCCCAAACAUUGAAUCCAGAACAAGAAUUCCUUGGAGGCCAUGUUCAUCAUUACUUUUUAACUGCAUUCAACCAUAUUUGGCCUCCAAUAAAGGUCAUUCUCGAAGAUCCCGAGACCUCGGAUUACCCUGUUAUUUUUUCCGGAAUGUCCUUAGGCGGUGCUUUGGCAGCCAUCGCCGCGGCGGUGACUGUAGAUUUGAAUUUCCGAUCAUCCGAAGACGUAGCCCUGAGGACGUAUGGAGAACCAAGAGUGGGAGAUUAUCACUUUGCCUUGAACUUUGAUAAGCUCGUCCCAAACUCUUACCGACUGGUAAACAAACGAGACAUCGUGCCCCACAUUCCUCCAUGCAAACCAAGUCGGAAUGAAACCGGAUGUGUUCAAGAAGCGAUGCAUUAUUUCCAUCAUGGAACCGAGGUCUGGUAUCCUAAUGGAUGUCAUACUGAUGGCGAUUUCUCUGUGAGCUUACAUUUUUGAAGGCAAAAUUACAUUGUUUUAGGUGUGUUCGGGUCGACUGGAGGAUCCUGCUUGCUCGAACAGCCUACUGACCAAUUACACCAUCUUCGAUCAUAUUGGAGGCUACUUUUUAAAUGCCGGAGCAUUUGCAGAAGAAGAUUGUCAUUCGGACUUUGUCAACUUAAUGUACAACUAUGUUUCAUGA